AUGGUGCAGAACACUGAGAAUGGCGACGGCUCAGGCUUGGAUAAGGGCAGGAGCGCGGUCGAUCAGAAUGUGUUCGGGCGCUUCGCGCAGCCACUGUCGUUGCUAUUCCGGCGGGGGGCGCUCUGGUCGUGCCGCAAGCACUCCAAGACCAGGAUUCAUCAAGAAGCCCUUCAAGCGUGGCAUGACAAAAGCAAAUCAGCCUGCUUGGCCCCGCCUAGGAAGGAUUUUGAGAAGGCUUUGGAAGGCCUGCGCAAGGGCCGCAGCGCGCGCGAUGGCGGAGGAAGCAGCGACCAGGCAACCUUAACUCGCUGGUGCUUGACAGAAGCGUGCCUGCAAGAAGCCCGGUCUGCCUUGCGCACUUGCAAGUCUUUGGUCAUCAUCCGAGAUGAGCGCGCGGGGAAGCUGAUGCUGCGCUUUCGCGCCACCCUUCGGGACAUGUCAGUUCUGACAGGUGUUUUGGGCUUGCAAGAUCUUUCCUGUGGGAAAAAGGCUGCUGACAUUGUGGACGCCACAGCACGCGCUCUUCAGACCUUUGCAACCGAGCAGUUCCAACCACCUCGGGGCUUCCGCGGACGUGGUGGUACCCGUCUGGACGAAAACUUGCUUGCGACCGUUAAGGACCGCUGCGACAUGGUGGUCACGGACUGCGCCCCUAGUGAAAUUCUGGCGCAGCAGUUGGGCAGGGGCCUGCGCAGCGCUGAGGCAGAGGAGCUGCUGUUUCCCAACGCCAAGAUUGUUGGACGGGAUCGCGCUCACGCGUGUCAGCGAGUGCUUUCCCAUCCGUGGGGCGCAUGCAGGGCAGUGCAAUCCUUGCUGGAGGAGACCGUGCUGGGCAAAAACAGCGUGUGCCAGAAAAUCGACCGCAGCCACACCUUCUCUUCCUGGUUUGCGGACGCAGUGGCGCAAAGUGAGCUGAGCCGCGGCAAGACGUUGAGCGCUGCAAAACACAGAUUUUGUUCCUACAGCAAACCCUUGGGCCGCAUUGUUCUCCACUUGGAUAGCAUGAUCGCAGUCCUGAACCGCGUAGCCUCAUCUUGCGGAGAUGACGCGCGGUGGGCCCCGGAGUGGAUGGCGUCCAUCAACCCUGAGCGCGCCAUCCUUCUUGGCAUGUGUGCCGACUUAGCAGAUUCCUGCAUGCAGCUCACAAGGUAUUUUGACGAUGAAUCCUUGGACAUUGCCCGCAUCAACGAGGAGGCUCUCUUCAGCGAAGGGCAGUGCUUUCACGUGCACGGCUUCACCAAGCACUGCCUGGACAUCUUGCAGCAGAACAGGCUGGUAAUGUUCUUUGACGGUCGCGCGCGGGCUUUGGGCGGAUCGGCGGACGGCUUGGCGGCUGCGAAGCGGGCAGCGCUGCGGAAGAUGCAGGCUUGCGUGGAGCUUUGCAAAGAGGCGGUGCGUGCAGAGUUUCCAAGCUUUCAUGCCAUCAUGGCGUUUAAGGUGUUCAGCGUCUCCGAAGGGGCCGCAACCAGCCAUUCAGUUUCUGCCAAUUUGACGAAGCUCGCGAAGCUAUUCAAAGUAGACCCAGUGGCUCUGGAGGAGGUACUUUCAGCGUACUUAUGCUGGACGACAUCUUCAUCUGGCGUCGAGCAGACGUUCUCCAAGGUGGAGCGAUGCCACUUACACCGUGGCAACGGUCAAAAUGAUGCCUUCCGAAGAGCAGUCGUGGGCUUGACGUCGGCUGACCCAGACAGCAAAGUUGUUCAUGGCGAUGAGGCCGUGAUCUCGUCUGCGCGGGCGCUGUUCAGUGCUGGAAGGUCUCGGCAGACAAGAAACAACGCUGCUGGGCGCAAGCAGCGGCUCGACAAAGGCACAGGGAAGUUCAAAGUCAAGGCGUCCGCAGCGGCAACCCCCCGUGGUGGUACCCGGCGGCGCCGAGCAGAGCUUGACGCAGUCAUCAGCACGCCGCAGCCCAAGUCGCAAUCGCAGAAUCAGAGCAACGCCGAGUGGACUCCUGACAUGGAGAAAGAAAAGAAACGCCUAGGCAAAGUCUCUGAACAACUUCGAGUUGAGGCGCAUGGCGACGGCUAUUUGUUGGACGAAGAGAAGCCUUCUGAGCAAAACGUCGUGGCCCAAGCAAGGCGCGACGCCACGAACGAUCGGAAGCGAAAGCGGGAGGAGACCAACAGGGCAAACCUGUGGCACAUGGCGCAAGAAAAGAAAGACUUUGCUUUCUUCAGCGGCCUUGUUACGGGCGCAGAUGUUUGGAUCCCGCAGCCGACCUUGCAGGAGCGCCACAAACUCAUCAGCUGGGGAGCACAUCGCGUUAGCAGCGAACUAGAGGGCUGCAGCGUCUUCGUUGUCAACCAUGAGGACCCUGAGCCACGUGCUCGCUGGCACGCCCUGCUCAAGGGCAAGACACUUCUGAGCCGAGCAGUCUUUCUUGCGGAGCGGGGUCAGGCCCGCACAUUCUGCGUUUCAUAUGUUUGCGAGUCACCUGGCACCAAGUGGCUGCAGUGCGCUGACAAGAAUGCAGCUCAAGUCGUUUUGUGCCAGCUUGUCGAGGCCGCCGACAUGUGUGCACAGCUGAAGGUCUAA